AUGGUAGAAAUAGCAGGUAGAGAAAUCAACGGGAUCUCCUCCUUCGUGCUCACUGUGUUCUUCCCAAGGACAGGGGGUGCAGGGCUGGUGAUGAGGUGUCCACAGAGCACCCCCAAAUCUCUCCCCAAUGCAGCCUGUGGGGUCACCACUGUGACCUUUGAACUGCCAGAGGGACCCCUAGAGGAGGUCACAAUCACAGACCGGUCUGGUUUGGAGAUGCUGAUCAAAGACGCCCCAGAUGAAUGUGCUUUCUACCUGAUGAAGGGAGACGGGAUGAAUGUGCUCACAAUCUCUUACUAUGCCAAGGAUGAAGGCUGUCCUCUUCAAACACAGAACAAUACCCUGGUCUUCCAUGUGACGUACAAGGACGCGGAGGGACGGCCAGGCUCCAUAGAGCAGGGGUGUCUCCCAUUCGAACCCCCUGCUGUCUGUGGCCCCUCCAGCAUGAGUACAGAUCUUCCAGAGGGGCCACUAGACCAGGUCUUCAUCCUGGAUGGGAAGAACAACCUGGUCGCUGUGAAGGCCAAUGGCAGCUGUGGCUAUGGGCUGGUCCAGGGGAUUGGGAAGAACUACUUUAUGGCUCCUUACGAUGCUUGUGAUGUGCUGAAACAGAACAUUGACGGCCAUGUCCAUUACUCGCUGUCCGUUUCGUUCUCUGAUGUAAACGAGGUGACUCGCUUGAGGCAUAUGAAGUGCCGUGUCUUGGCUAAGCGUGAGAUCCUCCCUCCCCACCCUGCUGGUGUCUCUGUCUCCUGCAGUGAGGGGUGCAUGACGGUGCUGCUGCCUGCCGGUCCCCUCAAUCUGGUCAAAGUCAAGGAUGACUCCAAUAAUCUGGUUGGGGUGCAGUCUGCACCAAGUGCUUGUGGCUACACUCUAGAGGAGAAGGAUGGAAAGACCGUCUUCACAGUGUCUUACACGGCCUGCCAUGUCAAGACCUUGAAUAACUGGUAUGUCCUGACGGUGCUCUUCACCCCCUACUCCUCUCGCCAGAGGGAGGUGACGGUAUCUUCCUGCCCUGUACCCCCAAAUCCCAUCCCCCAAGAAGGCUGUCUGAUCCCAGCUGAGCAGCAGCUUCCCUGUGGCCCCUCUAAGCUUUCUCCAGCGCUGUGCCGGGCUAGAGGCUGCUGCAUGAACCCCAAAACCCGCCGCUGCUUCUACCCUCUAGAGAUGUGCACGGCAGACGAGCAGUUUGUGUUUGCUGUUUACCGCAAGUCUUUCAAUCCUGAGGUCAACCCUGCCAGUCUGGCGCUCGCUGGGGACCAGUCCUGCCUCCCAGUUCUCUGCACUCCAGACUAUGCCAUCUUCAAAUUCCCAGUCACUGGCUGUGGGACCCGCACCUUUGUUGUGGGGGAGACUAGAGUCUACCUGGCUGAGGUGCAGAGCUUGAUCCAACGCAGGCAGUGGACCUACGGGCUCGUAACCAGCGACAGUCCCUUUAGUCUCCUUGUGGAAUGUCGUUAUUCUAAAGGGAACGUGGCCAGCACUGGGUUCCUGGUGAAGACCCCCACAGACCUCCGCCCUGCCCCUCACCUGGGGGUGUUUCAGGUGCAGUUACAGAUUGCUAAAGAUGGGACCUUCUCCCAGUUCUACCCCUCCACCAGCCUGCCCGUGAGUCUCCUCCUGGGGAGCAGAGUUUACCUCGAGCUGCGUCUGAUCAACCCCACUGACCCCAGCCUGGUUCUGCUGGUGCACUACUGCAUUGCUUACCCACGCUCCUCCAGUGCUGUGUGGGUGCUGCUGUACCAGGGUUGUCCAAAUGUCCUGGAUUACGGCAGCUCUGCGUCUCUGCACGUGGACGGCCAGCCCCCCCACUCCAAAUUGAGACGACGCUUCAGUCUCCGAACAUUCCAGUUCCUGAGCAGUGGGCUAGCCCUGGACGAGGAGAUCUCCUUCAUGUGCUCCACUGAAGUCUGUUCUCCAGACCAGCGCCGCUGCAAUGAGGGUUGCUUUGAUGGGAGAGACACUCCCAUCUCGGUCGACCCCAGUAUGAGACUGCGCUGUGCUGGUAAUCCCUGCCCAGGGAGGGUGAUGCUGGAGGGAGCCUAGUGAAGGAGCUCAGAGCCCAGGCAGGAAACUCAGCCCUAAGACUACAGUAACCAUUUCAAAUAAAAAGAACCAACCCA